AGGUGUCUGUAGAUCAAACUGCCUAUGCCAUGAACACUGGGGAGGUAAUCACAGUGGAAUCUAGUGAAUUUGAUACGCUAUUAUCAGCAGGUGUUAGUAUUUUGCUUGUGGAUGAUGAUUCUAUAUGUCUUACAAUUCUGUCAAAAAUGCUGCUUAAAUUUGGAUAUAAAGUCAUCACGGCCAAACGGGGCACCGAUGCAUUAUCCAUUGCACGGGAGAGAGAAGACGAACUUGACCUUGUCCUGGCUGAGACUCACUUGCCUGAUAUGGACAAAUAUGAGCUGCUUGAGACAAUGGGAGAAAUGUCUACAUUUCCAGUUGUUAUCAUGUCUGCGGACGACAGUGAAAAUGACAUGUUAGGUGGCCUGUUUAAGGGGGCUGCACUUUAUCUUGUGAAGCCAAUCACCAUGAACGAUAUAAAAAACCUUUGGCAAUUUGCAUUCAUGAAGAAAACAGAUAGAACAGUGGCCGCCGAAGAUUCAAGUUGCAUUUCAUCAGAUCAUGAUACUGAAAAUCAAAUAUUUGCGAACACAGGGAGGCAGAGUCACCAAAACGGCAAAAGGAAAGAACCAAAAGAGAUGGAGGAAGAUAAUGAUGAUAUAUCUGUCCUCAAGAAGCCAAAGCUAAUUUGGACUAAUGGGCUACAUAAUAGAUUCUUACAAGCUAUCAGAGUGCUAGGCAUUGAUGGUAAAGUGUUUCAAGGAGCGCAUCCAAAGAAAAUACUUCAGCAUAUGAAUGUCCCAGGUCUAAAGAAAGAAAAUAUUUCGAGUCAUUUACAGAAAUAUCGCCUGGCCUUAAAACGGGAGCAACGUAUAAAGAAGACUAUGAACAGGGAUUAUGCUCAAUCACAUCUUGCGUCAUACAAUUCAUCUACAGUCGAUAUACAAGGAGACUUGUAUCAAAAUCCGGAGAUGCAAUCCUUGACAUCUUUUCAACCAGAAUUUGGAAGCCAUGAGCCAGAGAAUGUCAGUAGUUGCAGGUCUAUGCCUUUUCUUGGUUAUACAAAUUCCCUUAAUCAUUUAGGGCCAAAUUGUAAUGAUUCAUCAAGUUGUAAAUACGGGCAACUGACACUACUCGGCAACCAGCUAGAUUCUACUUAUCCCCGUUCUAGUUUUACUGGAAUCAGUGUCACUAGCAACGGGAAGUUGGCAGAGUUUCGCCCCAUGGUAGAUUCUAACGGAGAAGAUUUUCUCAAGGGAAACAAAGUAGAAGAAAGUAAACAACAGCAACAACAAAACCUUCUACCACAAAAUAAUGGAGACGAGAUGUUUGAUAUGGCAAAAGCUCCUAAUCACCGGUUCCUUGACAAAGAAUUUAAUAAUGUAUGGUAGAUCAACGGGUUUGCUCCCAGUUUCUUAAAAUACGCAUCUUUGUUUAAGUUUGAUCUAAAUUGUUUGGUUGAAUUUAGGAUAAGUUGUUAUUUUGACUUGAGAAGACCGUCUCAUCAAUACAAUGCUCAUGGCCUACAAUUUUUUGCUGAAAAUAAAAAAACGCCCACGGGUGCUGUUAGUUAUUAUAGUCAACUUAAAAUGACUGAAGGUAGUGAGUUUUAUUUUGUUUUUAUUGUUUUGGACCAAUUUUUAUUAGUUAAUAAAAAUCUUGUGUACGAGGCGUCAUCCGUAACUGUAAAGCAUGACAGUAUAACACUUAAAUUCAUGAAGUAGACGACUUGCCGUUUCAUAUCUCAUGAAAGGCACGACUUUUCAUCUGGUCCUUC